AUGCAUGGACGCCCUUGGGCGGCUGUCUUAUUUCUGACCCUUGCCACCGAGUUCGGGUCUGCCUUGGCAAAGGUCGUUCCUUUUCUUGACGCGGGUUUUUCAUUCGAUCCGGAUUACUCAGGUGGUCGAACAGCCCCAGUCCCGAUAACGCGUGAGUACCACUCCACUUCCCUCGGGGAGCUCGCUGAGCAUUUCGGAUCAGCCCAAUGUGAAGCGAUUGAGCUGAAGUGGGGUCGAAAUGGGGCGAAAGGUACUCCGCCAACCGCUCCCUAUUUCCUUCAGGUCCUUUCAUCGGAAUCGCCCCAUCCCUUCAUUAUUCCUGCUGGAGCUGGUCCCAAAUUCGAGUGGCGAGUGCCUUUCUCCCCUGGAACACAGUACCAGAUUUGCAUCUACGACACAUUCGGUGUGUCAGGAGGAUGUAGAGCGCUGUACACAGUGGUACCUCCGUCAUCAAACACGACCACCUGUGAGCAGUUAACUGCACCGCCUUCCCCCCUCAAUGCCACUGUCAGUCCAAUGAGCGGUCCCGAGAUCGACCCUCCAGUUCCUCUGAUUGAUCAGUGCUCAGACCUGAGCGUGAAACCCAGAAAUGGGUCGCCACCAUUUACGUUAACGGUAUCGCCUAGUUUCCACCCACCCGUCAACAUCACCUCCGACAAUAUGAAUGCUAUCAACUGGACUGUUGCACUGCCGGAAGGAUUUCCCUUCUUCCUAUCUUUGGCCAGCGCUGAUGGGUUGGUAUGGUCGAGAGGUCCCCUUCACGCCCGUUCUGGACGACCAGACUGCCUUUCUCCGAGCUCAAUACCGAAGACGACAUUCACUACUACGGCGGUUGGGUCGAGCAUCGGGAGCUUCAUUGUGGGCAUUCUGCUUGGUGGUUUGUCAAGCUUCCUUUUCUUCCGUUACAGAAAGAGCUCUAGAUCGAAACUACCUCCGAUAAUCUCCAAACACCGGGAAAUUCCGCCUCCAGAACAUGUCAUUUCGCCCCCUCUACCUAUUCAAGACCCACCAUCGCGACAGGGAACCCCCCAACCAAUUUCAUAUCCCCCACCUCCGUCUCUACCAAAUUCUCCGCCGCAGACUCCAGAUCAGUCCGAGUUUGGCUUCCGAUCGACUAGCUCUCGGACUCACUCGAUAGACCCGUUUGAUAUUUCGGUAUCGUCGACAGCGUCUUCAAAUUUCCCUCUUGACAAUAAGCGGAGAUACACCAUGGAUCGCCAAAGUUCCCAUCACCGCGCAGGAUCCAUAACAACACAGGCCUCCAGUUCGCAGUUAACGACUGUGUCAUCAUCAAACUCGAGUGCGCCGUUACUCCAGUCGCGUCGAACAUCACGAAGCUCACGGCUCACGCGAGCGCCGACAUACGUUCGACGUCCACCUCCGACCCACAUGUCUGUUUCAGAGCUGAUCACUGACGAUGCUUCAUUGAUCGCUGGAAAUACUGUUGAUGAUUUGCCGCCCCAGUAUAUGCGAAACCCAAGAGAAGAAGAGGUCUCCGUUGCUGGAGGACUGUAG